AUCCAGUCGGGAAGAGAAAAAAGGGGCGAAGAUAAGAAGGCUCUCGCCUGUCGCCUCUCGCGCAGGUUCGUUGUUCCUCUUAUCCGCGGAGGAAGAACCUUGGCCCGACACCAUGCUCCCAAUGGCCGUGCACCCCACGACCACGCCGGCCUUGUCCCCGCGCACCCGCGUCUCCCCGCCCAGGCCUUCCACCUCCCUGGCCGCCACCUCGUCCACCCCCUGCUCUCGCACUGUCAGUUUGAAGAGCAGCAGGCUGCGACUUCGCUCGCUCCGAAGCGUCGUCGCCGCCGCCGCCGCCGAUGCCGUCGGGGCAGAGGAAGAAGAGGUGCAACUAAGUGGAGGUGUGGAUGCGGUCGACGAGGAGGAAGCGGAGAAUAAGGUGGUGGUGCCUGAGAGACAGGACCCGAUGCUGGUACUCAAAUUCAUCUGGAUGGAGAAGAACAUCGGCAUAGCACUUGACCAAUUGGUUCCUGGCUAUGGCAGCAUCCCGCUAAGCCCAUACUACUUUUGGCCGCGGAAAGACGCGUGGGAGGAGCUUAGAGCGAAGUUGGAAGAGAAAGAGUGGAUCUCGCAGAAGCAGAUGAUCAUCCUUCUCAACCAGGCCACCGAUAUCAUCAACCUCUGGCAGCAGGGUGGUGGGAGCCUGUCGACAUGAGUUGCAAGCUUGCAUUUUGUUGGUUUCAUUACAUGCCCUCUCUGUUGUUGAUGUUAAAGUCAUGGUACGUGGCCUUGUAGAUCGGUUCAAUCUGUUCUCACGUAUGUUUUUUUCCCAUGGAAACGAUCUUGUGAUUUAUCAUAGUUAUUAUGUGUAUCAGUCGUUUUUCGUUGGGAAAAUCAAGAAACAGACACCCUUUUCGGUAUGGUUACAAGUCAA